UUAUAUAAUAUUAUGAUAUAUUUAGAAUAAAUAAUUUAUUAGUGAUGUAAUAUGCCAUUGUUAAUAACAUGAAAUUUAACGAUAAACACCUAUUACAUCAAUCUAAGAAAUAUUAUUUGUUUUUAUAUUGAAAAUGACACUUGAAAAGGUAUUAAACAUCCCUAUAUAAAUAAUAUCAAUAUUUUUUACAAACAUUAGAGGAGAAUGCUAUGGCUUAUCGUUCUUUAUCAAAUACACCAUCAUUAAUUAAUGGCCUAAUUACUGACCGUUUUACUCAGAUGGAUAAUUUAUUUAGUCGCUUGACAGGAGAAAAACCUAUAUCCGAUACUCCGGCAUAUAAUUUAUUACAAAAUGGUGAGCAACAUGAGUUAACAAUUAGUUUACCUGGGUAUCUACAAGAUGAAAUCGAUGUAUCUGUACUAAAUAAUGAACUGAUUGUACGUAGUAAUCUAGAUAUUGAAAAAAUAAAUAAAAUAGAUGAACAAGAGGGAGUAAAAUGGUUACAUCAAGGCAUUAAAAAAAAUAAUUUUAAUUUAAAUUUUACACUUGAACAUCGUAUUAUUAUCAAGCAAGCUAAUUUAAUUAAUGGUCUUUUAACAUUGCAUUUUACUUGCGAUACUCCUGAAUAUGAAAAACCACAAAAAAUUACCAUAGGCAUUCAAGAUGAAUCUAAAUGUAUCUCUGAUACAAAAUAAAUUUUAAAAAUAACGCCCAAUAAAGG